AUGGCUUUCAACUGGGACAAGCUUUCCAAGGCUCAACGCGAAUACCCGAAGCCCAAGUUUGCGCUGUCUUACAUUGAUAAGUUGCUGAAGAAAAAUCCAGGAAACCCAUAUCUGACCACAUGGAGAGCCGAUGUCUCUCUACAGUUGCAAUCCGAGCCCGAAGUAGUCGCCAAGUCAUUGCGGGAUGUCUGUCAGCAUAAGACAACGCUCGUGGAUGAACUGUUGCUUGAAUAUGCAUAUAGGCUCAUUGUGGAAGCAACCCUGAGAUCGAACUCCAAGCUUCAGCACAUCAGCUCUGUAGGUAAUGAGGGUGUCAAAGCAUGGCAAAACGCGGCGGCCCUCAAGACUACCAAAAAAGGCCGCAAAGAUCUGUGGGACGGUCUGUUCACGACAGCCAUGCGUCAGGGAUGCUGGGAAGACGUUCGCACCGCGAUUGUGAAAUACCGAGCAGAAGGAGCAUCGUCCGACAAGCUGACUUACUACACACAAAUAUUCGCACAGCAAAUGUCGGCUGAGCAGAAGAUCCGCGCAAGUCAAGCGACAGGUGUUGCCGACCGAAUGGCCGAAAUUCAGCUGGGUGUGGCCUUGAAGCAGAUGAAAGAUGCAUACGAACGGCCCGAGACCGACCCGAUCAGCGUGAAGGAUAUCCGGGAUUUACGGUUCAUGGCCAAGAUCUAUGCGCGACAAGGAAAAUGCGCUGAGCUCGUGGAACUCUGGAAUGCACCGCCUGCUCAUUUGCAACCUAUCAUGGAGAAACAAGCGCUCGACAUCUCGUUACUGACGGUCGAUGUACUCGCGAGCACCCAGGAACACGAACAGCUCGAGAAACACAUUUUGGCGUUGGUCGAAGAUGCUACCGUAGCCAUGAGCAAAGACGAUCUGGAGCCUCUGCGACAGCUCUGCUCAGCGAGGGUGAAUGUUUGGAUUUACCUCAUCGAUGCGUCUACGAAGUUGUACACCCCUGAAGAGUCAAGGAACAAGAUUUCGUCGAUCAAGAAUCGUGUCUUCGGUUCUGACACGCUAAAGCUCGAUCGGCCACUACUCCUUGUACGCCUGAUACUGCGUACUUAUCUCGGAGAGAGCCUGCUACAAGACUGUAAAGAAUUUUGGAAGCGCUUCUCGCGGAUACCCAGCUGUUUUACCGACCUUCGCCAUGCUGUCGAGAAGAUGAGCGACGAAGAGAGGACAGGCUUCCUUGCGCACAUCGAAGAAGACAUGACCGUCACCAAACCGAGUGCUGAGGAUCCUCAGUCCAAGCUUGAGGACUGGGCGCGUGCCGAAAUUUGCGUAUUAAAGUUCACAUACCUAGCCACCGUCUCUCUGCCGGCAUCGACCCCUCCCACAGAAGUGUUAGUAUCACUGAUCGAAAGGGCAUCGAAGGUUAGCCAGAUGUUGCCAAAAGAUCCCGAUCCGAUCAUGUUGAUAGCUUACUGCCUCACCAACAUGCACCAUCAGGGUCUGAGUUCGAGCGAUACCUCCAGCCAUUCCCCUCGCAUUCUUCUGCAAGCUGCAAUGUUAGUACGCGCCGCUGUAGAGCGAGACUUUGAGAAGGAGAACCGCCCUCUAGCUUUUCUAGCUGCUCGUCUGCACCUCAACCUCGGCUUAGGAAGGGUUGCAUUUCAACUAUGGAAGCACGUCAAGGUGAAGGAGAUGCUUGUAGACACCUUAUCGCCGUACCUCCUCUCACGCAUAGCCGAAACACAUCCAUUCGACGUCAAACAUCACCAGGGGUUCUCCGCAGACAGGGAGCUGAAGCAUGUCAUCGACACCAUUGACAGAAUGAGCAAAGUGCAAGAAGGCUUGAUCUUCAGGGACAUCAAACGCUUCCACUGGGAUUCUGCAAUGGAUCUGAUCUCUAUGAACGAGAAAUUGACUUCCUCUCUGACAAGACAUACGGCCGUCCUCGAGCGCCGUCGCAUUGCUCGUCUCAAGGGAGAGUCAGCAGGCGAUCUGCCUGACGUCGAAUAUAGGGAGACCCAAAGUCUCGCAGACAACAUCGACCGUUCUGUUUUCCCAGCAUACGAACACUCGAGCGUUCACCGACCCUACCCAAUCCUCAUGCCCGCCGACAUCCCAUCUACAGACUACGUCCUCACGCAGGGCCACGAGCGUGAAUCUGUCUGCAAGAUCCUGUACCGCGACGGUCUACCCACGAGCUGGGCUCCAAACGCAGCGCCAGAAACCACCGCAAACCAGACACCAGCCGAGCGCCUGGUCCGUGAAAACUUCUGGCAUCCCAUCUCCACCCUGCUCUACGCAGCGCUCCAUCCCGACACCAAGGUCGACGCAAGCAUCUUCACCACCCUGAUGGCGAAUCUCAAGCAGCUCCGCGAAGACCAGGAGAAGCUGAUCGCACCCUCGUCAAGUAGCAAAGACCCAGCAGACGAACCAACCAUGAUACACGAAAACAUGCUGAUCUCGAGCUACUCAGCCCUUGAAGUCCUGCGCACGCUACCCCGCCUCGCAAACGAGAUCAAAGAGCGCGUGACGCAGAGCAAGACGCCGCACCCGAUGAAAUCGCAGAUCCCCAAGGACUGGGCCAAGCAGCUAGACACCGAGGUGAAGAGCGCAUUCGACGCGGUUGGCAGGGUGGCGCAGUCUUACGUCGUGUUGUUGCAGACGAAGGGUGCAGCCGCAGUCAAGGCACAGGUGCGCUGGGGCGCUACAGGCGCGGCGUUACAGUUGCUGAUCAGCGAGGGGGACGUGGAGUACUAUGCACGCGAGUAUGUAGACAGCGCUGUCGAGGCGUGGAAGGGGGUGUUACAGGUGAAGCUGAAGUAG